UGAAGCGCAAGGUGCAAAAUUUUACCUUCGCCUUGACUGCGCUCGAAAGCACCGGGGCACUGAGCAACAAAUCCAUGUCCGAAGAUGAAUUUCUAGGAAAGGCUUUUUCAUCAGUCGUGCCGAAAGAGCUUGGCGGAAAACUCAAGAACGAACCACUCAAGGUUUCCACGUCAACCUCUUUGGCGGAAGGACUGAAAUUGAAAGAUAAUGCGGGAAAGAUUGCGCAAGUAAAUGCUGCUCGGAAGAGAAAAGAAGCGAUGGAAGACGUUGGCGCUGUCCGACUCUUCUUGAGCUCGAUCGGUUUAAAGGGCAUUAGCACCGAUUUUAAGAAUGUCAUCAAGCUCAGCGAAACCGCUCUCGAGGAGGCAAAGCUGCGAAUGACGCCCAAAAUAUCUGAAUACCAAUCGUACCAGGAUAAGGCUUUCGGUGUGACGAAGUCGAUGAACGAGGAAAUCUCGACGAAGAUGUUGAACCAGUAUUACGAGGAAAAUUCGGAUGCACAAGAGACCCGGUUCGGCAUGGACGAAGAUGAAGAGUUUCACGGCCCGUGGGCCGCAAGGCUCCGUAACCAAGGCUCUCGAAAGAAACGUGGUCCUUCCGCCGUCGUGAUCCCGGGAGUCAUAAUCACCAAGGAUGGUGAAAUGAUACCUGAAUACGACGAGACGAUCAAGAUCGAGAGAUGCAAGUCCCGAGUACACAGAUUCGUAUCUCACGACUUGUUUGAAAACACUAUCCUCGUACUCAUCAUGACAAGUAGCGUACUGCUCGCGACCGAGACGAAUACCUGGCCCGUCGCCGGUUCUACCACGGCGAAUGUGUACGAAAAUAUCGAUAUAGGUUUUACGACCGUUUUCGCGAUGGAGUGCGCUCUGAAGAUUUUCGCCUACGGUCUGUACAAGCGUCCGACGGCAUACUUGAAGAAUUCGUUUAACAUUCUCGAUGCCGUCGUAGUCUUGGGUUCCGCGUUUUCUUUAGUCAUCGGCGACAGCGGCGGUAGUGCCGUGCGUACUCUGCGUAUUUUACGUAUUUUGCGACCUUUAAGAUCGGUCAGACGGUUUCCAGGUGUUCGUCUUGUGGUGAACACAGUCAUCUCAUCCAUCCCAGCGGUGAGUUACGUGUGCUUGCUGGGACUUGCCUCGAUGUCCAUUUUCGCUCUUCUUGGGAUGGAAUUCUUCAUGGGAGAAUUCUGGUCGUGCCGAGCAGUCGAAGAUGCGAGGAGCUACACGACGCGAGGUGCGUGCGAAGCCGCCGGAGGUGUGUGGCGCAACGCAAAGUUCAACUUUGACAACUUCGGUGCGGCUCUUUUGAGUACGUUCAUCUUGCACGCAGGCGACGAUUGGCAGGAAAUCAUGUGGGUCGCCAUGGAUUCCACCGGUUAUGGAACUGGUUACAAGCAAGAUAAUAACCAAUCGGCCGCUGCGUAUUUCGUCAUCACCGUCUUGAUCGGCAACUUUUUCUGGGUGAAUUUGUUGGCGACCGCCCUCGUCGACAAUUUCAACAAGAUGGCGUCUCAGGACAAGCUCACUUUCGCGACUCCUGCGCAACGUCGCUGGCAACAAGCGAUGAUGCGCGCAGCCGCAGCAGAUUUAGGCGCUUGGCGGAAGAUCGUUCCGCCCCCUGGCAAUGGCCUAUGGUCUCGAGCUCGUUUGGCGGCGCAUACAGUCGCCAAAGCCAAGACAUUCUCGUUCUUCGUCGUCGGCGUCGUCACAGCGAAUCUCAUGACGGCGCUAGCGGAGACGGCUAACAUGUCUCAGGCAGAAAUAAAUAUUCACUACUAUCUGAACACCACAUUCACUAUCAUCUACGUAUUAGAAAUGGUGAUACUGCUCAUGGCGCAGGGUAAGAAGCGAUAUUUAUUGACGUACUGGAACUGGCUGGAUUCCUUCGUCGUCGUGGUAUCCGUGGUCGACAUCAUCGGACAGAGUUUUGAAGUGGGCGGUAUCAUGGCGUAUCUUAAGCUCGUGCGUCUGUUGAGAUUGCUCAAACUAGUGAAUGCGCACGCCGGUUUGCGUUCGCUGUUCACGACGUUCAUAAUGAGUAUUCCGGCUGUGGCGAACGUAGCGGCGCUGUCGGCGUUGGCGAUUUUUGCGUACGCAAUCAUGGGCGUCUCUCUGUUUGGCGAUAAACGUGGGCCGUACGAGGGAGGUACGGUAUCAAAUUAUUUCAACUUUGAGAGCUUCCCAACUGCGUUUGCGGCGUUGAUGGGAGUCUACACUGGAGGUUGGGUCGGUACAUUCGGCGAAUUGUAUCAAACGGAGGCAUGCUUACGCGAUGAACCGCCGUUCAUGAGCGAGUCCAGCAUCGAUUGCGACUAUAAUUACAUCGCCAUUCCUUAUUUCAUCAGCUUUGUCGUGGUGUCGAUAUUUUUGCUCGGUAACUUGUUCGUGGCGAUCAUUCUUGAACGGUUCAGUGUCACGGCGGACCAAGAGGGUGUGUACGACGCAAGUGAGGUCAUUGAAAUCAUCAAGCACACUAUUCAACUUAGAAGGCUGUGCACGUCGAUCAAGAGGAAAGUGACAAAAGCUCGUGAGCCAGGCGGUAAACUUCAUGGACGCGGGCGUGACAUGGACAAGGACGAGAGGCCGGGAUCGAUUUUCAACAAAUUGAUUCGUCGAGUGUCUAGGAGAAACUCGCGUUCAAGUCUGUCUGGCGAUGGGUCCCCUAAAGAAGGCAAAGUGCGCGCGAACCGAAACAAACUGUCAAGUGAUCAGCGAGAAGUCAUCGAGAUGAAUGUUGAAGUCUCAGACGAUGAACACUUCUUCUCGCCGGCGCCGUCUUAUCGAUCAAAGGAGCGCGUCAGCCCGUACUUUUCACUGGAACGCGAGCCGGAGCCAGAGGAGGAACCGAAAGACGAACCGGAAGACGCACCAGAACCCGCGGUGGAAGCCUCUACAAUAGCCACAAUUUUCGGCAAACGAGUGGGUGAGAAUAGGUUCGGUAGACGCGCCUCGUCUGCAACGCAGUCGGCGACGGAGAGCGAUGACUCGGAAUUCGAGGCGGGAGACGAGGAAUUUGAGGCCUACCCUUUCGAGCGGCGAACCGUGAGAGCGCGUCAUCAUCCGGGAAUGAACACGCCAGCCGACGUCUUGAGUGAAUUCGCGCACAGUGAACGCUCUGCCGGGUCGAGGUCCGUGGAAUCUUACGACGACGAGCGAAGCGCCAGCGAAGACGAUCAUUCCGCGUACAACGAUCAAAGCGGAACGUAUACUUCGAGCGAGGAGGCGUACAGGUUCGGCGUCACGGGCGAGCGAACGACACCAUCGAGGCUGAACGAUUAUCUCUACGAUUUUCGAGAUGAUGUCACCCAACGACCACAGGCGGUCUCUUCGCUGUUGGGAAGCGACGACGGAGCCACGCUCGGAUCUGAGAAUGAGUCGGACAGUGACGACGAGCCUGGAGCGUCAAAGAGCGGCGUUUCAGCGGUAUUGAAUAGACUUUAG